AUGGCGGCUAACGCUAACCCAAAGCCUUUUCGUGAUCUCGUCGACCAUCAUCGCGAUCUUUUUGUAGACCCACUCCUAUGGACAUAUCGUCACCUCGAUCUAGUGGGCUGUCGAUUCGAAGACGUCGACACUACCAUCACAGAAUCGACUCAAGACGACUGCAGAACCGAUGAUGAUCAAAGACCGUCCCAGAAGUUACCCAGUAAUACAGAGCAACUUGCAACAAAUCCCUUCCCUACCGUAAAGUAUCGCUGCCUCGUCAACCUUCUCGUGGGCGAGGGACGCGCAUUUGCAAAAAUUCGCUCCCCUCCGUUGGUAGGCUACCUGCACUAUACAAAUGUCAACGGGGAUCGCAGAAGGAAGUUUGAGCCUUGUCCAGGCCCAAAUGGAAGUCUCAAUUUCAUCGGUGCGCGUAUUCUCAAGAUACGACUGGCUCAGAUCGCCCCGAAGGAAUGGACGAAAGAUCCAUAUUUCGUGUGUAUCCUGCUGGCUCUUGCGCAGCUGCAAGAGCGCAAGCUUGAGUCAUCGAAACCAAUAACUUACACGUCACGUCUUCUUGUGACAAACAUAUCUGACCGUGAAUACAUCCAUUUUUACGAGGCUAAAAUCUCUGCUGAACUUCUAGGGGUACUCAGAGGCCCCAGGACUACCACGGAAUAUACAAAAUGGCCUACUAUUCAGCAAAGGAAACUCCCAUUCAAGCCAUACGACACUUUUGGAGACCGAAUUAUGGCUGAACUAGUGGCUCCUAGUCUAUGUUUCCAUGAAACAUCAACUAUGUCUUAUGAUCUGAACGGUGUCGUUGAAUGCGGCAUUAAAAGACCAUACGAGCAAGAAAACAACAAAUCACACAAGAUGAAACGAAUAAUAUAA